CCUCUUGCCCCCUCCCGGCGCGGAUCCCGCCCGGCACACUCCACCCACCCGCGGCUACUUGUGCCCCCCUCCACGGGCCGCCGGCAUUCCCGAGUUGGGCGGCCGCGGGAGCUGAGCCCGUCCCGGCACGGCGGUCAUGUCGCGGGGCCCCGUGGCGGCGGUGCGGCUGCUGGCGCUGCUGAUCUGUUUGAAUUAUGGACAUGGACUCUAUGUGAAGGUUUAUAACCGAAAUGACAGGAGUGGCCUGCUGUCUCAUCCCAGCAGCCCAGUCAGACAGAAGCGAGAAUGGACAGUCCCUCCAGCUUUCAUACGGGAGGAGGAGGACAAUUCCUAUAAGAAUCCAAUUGCUAGAAUACAUUCAGAUCUUGAAGCUACAGGAAUAGUAGUAACUUACACUAUAUCUGGUCAAGGAGUAACAGAACCCCCUUAUGGAUUAUUUGUUAUCAAUGGAAAGACUGGUGACCUGAACAUAACAGGAAGGGUGGACAGAGAGAAGACUCCCAUUCUUCUUGUCCGAGGCCAUGCACUAGAUAAGAAUGGGGCAAAACUGGAAGAGCCAAUAGACCUCCCAAUUAAAGUUGUGGAUAUAAAUGACAAUUUUCCAGUGUUUUCACAUGAAGUUUUUGUUGGUUCAGUUGAAGAAUUAAGCGAAACAGGUACAAUUGUAAUGAGGAUAAAUGCAACAGAUGCAGAUGAACCAAAUAAUCUAAAUUCCAAAAUUGCUUUCAGGAUUGUUUCCCAAAGCCCUAGCAAUGCAUUCAGCAUGGAUAAGAAUACUGGCGAGGUUCGAGUAGCCAAAAUAAACCUUGACAGAGAGACACAAAGUAGUUAUUCUUUGGUGGUGGAAGCAAAGGACCGUGGUGGUGAAAAAGAUGGGAAUGCUGCAACAUGUUCUUUAGAAAUCAAGGUUCUGGAUGUCAAUGACAAUCUGCCUGUUGUUGAAAGUCAUGCAUUUGAAGGAAGCAUUGAAGAAAACAGAGCAAAUGUGGAAAUUAUGCGAAUAAAAGUAUUUGACAAAGAUGAAGAGUUUUCUGAUAAUUGGCUGGCAAACUUUACAUUUGUUUCUGGCAAUGAAGGUGGUUUUUUCAAAAUUGUAACAGAUACCCAAACAAAUGAAGGAAUUUUGACCGUUGUGAAGGAGCUGGAUUAUGAAAAAAUGCAAAGCUUAAACUUAGGCAUUGUUGUUACAAACAAAGCAGAGUUCCACAAGUCGAUUAAACCCAGUUAUAAAGCAGAAACAAUUCCAAUCAAAAUUAAGGUGAUCAAUGUGCAGGAAGGCCCUGUGUUCCCUGGUGGCACAAAAAUUAUUGAAGCAAGUGAGGAACUGCAGGUAAAACAGGUUAUUGGACAGUAUCAAGCCUAUGAUGAAGACACUGGAAAAAUAGCAGAACACAUUAGAUACAUGAAAGGAAAAGAUGCAGCAAACUGGAUCACUGUAGACUCAGUCACAGGUGAAAUACGGCUUGCUAAAAAUCUUGAUUAUGAAUCACCUCAUGUAGUAAAUGGUACCUACACUAUCACCAUGUUGGGUGUAACUACUGAUUCCCCAAGGAAAACAAUCACUGGCACAGUCGUCAUUCAAGUUAAAGAUGAGAAUGAUAACUGCCCAGUUAUUGUGAACCCUGUGCGGACUGUGUGCUCAGAUGCGAAAUUAGUUGAUGUUACAGCUCAUGAUUUGGAUGGUUACCCAUACAGUUAUCCCUUCAGCUUUACUGUCAUUGAUGAGCCAGAAGGGACAGCAGAAAAGUGGAUAAUUGCAUCUGGAAAUGACACCAGCAUCCAGCUGGUACCACAAAACUUGAAGCCGGGCAGAACUGAAGUUCCCAUGCUAAUAAAGGAUUUCCAGGGGGUCAGCUGUGCUCUGCCACAGUCUCUGCAGCUGACUGUUUGUGACUGUACAGAUGAUGGUGUGUGCCAGGAGAGGUUUGUUGGUGUGAAGUCAGUGGGUCUGGGACCAGCAGCAGUUGCACUAAUCAUCUUGGCAUUUUUACUUUUGCUGCUUGUUCCACUGUUGCUGCUCCUGUGUCCGGGUGGCUUGGGAGCAAAGGGAUUUGGUGGAGCAAAGACGUUUGCUGACAUACCAGACCACAGUGAAGCGAUGCUGCGUCAGUGGAACAGUGAAGGAGCAGCUCCUGAGGAGAAGCCAGUGCUAAGCUUCAUUCCACCCACUGUGCUUGGGAACGUGAAAGGAGGAACGGCAGCAGCGGCAGCAGGAGCAGCAGCAGCAGCAGGAAUGAGUGGAGAAGAAGCUCUAAUAGGAGCAGGCAGCUCUGUCUCUCACGUAGGAGAGCAUCACAACACUAUUACCAGGGAAAGAUGGGAAGAGCAAAGGCGUCUUCUUUCUACUGCCGACUAUGGAGCCAUGGCAGCUGGAGCAGCUGAAGGCAUGGCAGGUGUGGAUGGCAAGACAGUCAUGUCUGGAGGAGGAGUUGCUGUGGGAGCAGCUGGAGCCAUGAAUGAAGAAUUCUUAAGAGACUACUUCAAUGAUAAAGCUGUCUCUUUUGCGGAUGAAGAUGAAGAGCAAGCUGCAAAAGACUGUCUCCUGAUUUAUUCCCAGGGAGAAUCAGGCUCCCCUCAUGGCUCCGUUGGCUGCUGCAGCUUCAUUGAGGGGGAUCUUGAUGACCAUUUUCUUGAUGAUUUAGGAGAAAAGUUUAAGACUCUAGCAGAAAUAUGUAUAGGUAGACAGAUCAACAUGAAAGACAGUGGCUACAAGAAUGAAUCAGGUUUUGGUCUUAGUGAAGCUAAGUCACAGUUCUUACAUCAGCAGAAUGCUUCCACCUCUGAACAAGCCUUUGCCUCAGGCAGUGGUUUCCAGUCCAUCCCACCCAUGCAAACAGGCAGUGGCACAGGAGAAAGCACCCUCUCCAAGGAGGUGGUCACAGAAACAACCUUUUCAUCAUCCCAUUCUGGGCAGCACAGUGCCCGUCACCUUCCCACAAGCCACACAGAGAGCAAUGUCACUGUGACAGAAACAUCCUAUUCUGUGGGGGCUCCUGCCCACUCGGCCCCUGUCUUUUUGGACCCCCAGUUUAAGGAGAAUGUAGUGGUGACAGAGAGAGUGCUGGCACCUGCAUCGAGCAUUCAGGGGAUGGUGAAAAUCCCUGAUUUGCCACAUGGAAGUAACGUGGUGGUUACAGAAAGGAUGGUGAAGUCAGCAGGUACAGGGCCAGGAGCCCUGGCAGUUCAGGAUCUUCCUGACUCGCAGUAUGUCGUGGUGAGGGAGCGAGAGAGGGUGCUUGUGCCAGCUGCAGAGCAGGGCUCGCUCAGUUUCCCCGCUUCGACAGAGGAAUGCAGCACGGUGCUGAAUGAAAGGGUGGUGACAGCCUCGGGGCUGCAGAGCAGAGCUGAACAGGCAACAGGUGCCAGCUCAGGAAGGAAAGAGCAUGCUCUGAUCACAGACUCCGCACUUAACUUGAUGGGCUCUGUCUCACAAGGGCCAUCUCCUGCCGGUGCCACACUGAGCAAGUCUUCCAGGGUCACCAAAUACAGCACAGUGCAGUACACUCGCUCAUAGCCUGGCUCCAUGCGGGGGUGGCAGUGUCCAGCUGGAGCUUCCAGAAUGACAUGUACUCAUUUGCACUAGUUUGUAUAAGUAUGGAUUAUAUGACCAGGAAGCAAGUAAGGAAAUCUGGUGUUAUGUUACAUUGGUAGGGAUGCCUUUGAAAUGAAAAGAUAGAUGUGGGAAAUACUUUUUUUUUUCCCCUGGUUUGCUAUUUUUUAUUGCUUUUUAUUAGACAGAUAGUGUAACAAUGCCAUAUAACCAGAGCUGUAUAAUUAUAGGAAAACAGGAAAAAAGUCUCCAAUCUAGUGAUGGAUAGUAGCCUGCAAAGCACAAGUAAAGUUUUUGAACUGCUGUUGACUGCAUCUGAAGUCCUCCUGUGAGGGCAGUCAGUUUCUCAUUGUGUGUUUGCCGUUGUGUUGUGGGCCAUGGUAGCUCCUCCUGAACCUUGCCAAGAACUCCUCCUGAGAAGCCCAGGCCACCAAAGCUAGUAUGCCUUCAGAGCAGUGGUGUGUUGAUCUCCUGAAGAGAUGUCACAAUUUCGGGUUAUCAGAAUUUGUAACUUAAGCAAUAAUACUUGCAUAAUACCACAGCAGUUAGAGACCAAGUAGCAAAAAAGCUGAGAACUACAAUUUUUCAUUACCUCAGUCUAAAAGUUCCAUUACUUGGUGUGGGUCUACACUGAAAUGGACAAGUAAGCAUUUGCAUCGUGCACAUUUCUCACUUUAUUUAACUCAUGAGAAACAGCCAAGGCUUACCUUAGCCUUAGAGUCAGAGGUUCAGUCAGUGGCUUUGUCAGCAAAGCUUACGGCCUUUGGACAUCUGUAGGAGCUGAUUUACAGGUGCAAUUUGGUAUUUGGAAUUGGUUCUGGAACUCACAGACAUAGAAGUCAGCCUUGUGUGUGUGAGGUUCCACUAGUUUCAGUAUCAGAGCUCAAGUGGCUGGUAUAGUGCUGUGUAAUGACAGCUUCCCUUGGCUGUGACAAGAUAACAGGAAGCUCCCUUUAGCUCUGCAAUAUUUGAGCUUACUUUGCUUUCCUUGAAGUUUAUGUGGUAAAAGCAAGAGAUGGUACUGCACUGUAUAUAUAUGCACACAUGUAAAUAUUUUUAUGCUGUUUGGAACAUUCUGAAGUUAAUUUUAUACUGGAAAAAAUGUCUUACAACUCCUUAUAUUUUCUCAGAGUAGAAGUAUUUUAGAGGAGGCAUAGGUAGCAUGUUUAUCUCAUACCUGUAAAAUCGGCAAGUGCAAAGCCCGUGGACCUGCAGAACUUUCAGAUUGUCUCCAUCUCCUGGAAUUUUCCUGCAGCUGCAGUGUUAUGUUUUCCACUGAUGUGUUCUGCCUUUGACUGGAAAUGCUCUCAUUGUGUUUAGUUUUACUAAUAGUAAAAGUUGCUUCAAAAACAUAAAUACAUGAACUAGGAAACCAUGGCUGUGCUCAACUGUGACAGCUGGGGCAUUAUGUUAAGUGGAGAAGUAUUUUCAAACAUAUCAGACUCCCUGCUUGCUUGGACCUAUUGGUUAUUUAUCUCUUACACUACAUUUUUAAAAUACAUGCAUUUAUUUCUAAGCAAGCCUGCAGUUCCAAGUGGUCACCACUCUUCUGAAUUUCUGAUAGAGUAUCUUUGUGCGUUUAUGCAAUCUUAAAAUAAAGAACUCUACUGUAUUUUUUAAUUCUUCAUUCAAACAGCUACCCCAGUGAAAACAGUGGCUUUCCUACUGCAAAUAAAGAGUUUAAAGAUAGAAUGAGGACUGAGAUUUCCCAAACAGCCUCAAGGAAUAUCUGAAGGAUGCAGAGGUAAAAAUGUUGGUGUCCUGCUGUAACUUAAAGAUUCUGACAAAAAUGUGAAUUCUGCCUUGUGGUUAAGUGCACUAAAUUCUGUACUAACUUGAUGCAAGAGAACAGCAUCCCUGCCAUAGAUUUACUGGGCUUUGAGUCAGACCCUUCAAAUCAGUUUAUGCUUCCAGUUUAUGCAUGGCACAGAACAGUCUCAGUUUUAUAACACAUUAAAACAUACAGUUGUUAGCAUCCAGGAGAAGAGGUAAGAGUGUAAUGUUCGUAUAUAAACUGCUUUCACAGAUCUGCUUGUAAAGAGUCUAUUUGAAUGGAUUUGGUAAGAGCAAGUCUCCAUUAUUUUACUUAGACUUGUACCAAGGCUGCAGCUACUAUCAGCAUAUCAGCAUGUGUUAAUGCUGGCAGAACAUCCAUCAGAUUAAGUCACUCACUUCUCAUGGAGCUGUGUUUUGUAAACGAUAGUGACUGGUGGGAGGAAUGUGCAGACCCAAAUUAAUGGAAGUUCCUGGUUAGCAUCUGACUACUAGAUAACCCUGAGAGGGGGACUAGCCCCAGACACUUAUCUUUGUGAGAGAUGCCUUGUUGUGACUUCAAAAGGAAAGCAAAGUCUGUAAUUUUCUUAUCUAACAAUAAUAGAGCACAGUUAUGCUGAAAUUCCAGCAUGACAGGGAUUAGAUCCAUGCUGCUUUCUGUGAUUUAUGUUACCUGUGAAUCUUGGUAAGUAUGGUGGACUCCAUGAGUAUAAGCCAGCCUGCCACAACAAGGAUGCAGCUUGUGUCCUGCAUACCUACAAGGAAGUAUCUCUGUGUCAUCCCUCAGUGUCUAGUUGGAGCUAGGUUAGACUUUGCAAGAUAGUACAAUCUUUUCCAGGCUCCAUUCUUUCCUGGGAAUUUGCCCAUAGUCCCCCGUCAAAGGUUUAAAGCUUCUCAGGCUUAUCAGCAGUAAAUCAGUUUUUAAAAAGUUAAAUCAGCUGCUAUCCCUAGGAGAGUGUUUUAUGGCCUUAAGGCAUCUCAAAAAUGCAUCACUCCUCCAGUGUGCACUGCAGUGGUGGAGCUGGUGGUGCUCUCUGUCUCCUCUGCUGGCCCCUUCUCCUUCCAGGUGGCCUUUGAGCUUCCAGGGAGCUCAGAGU